CUUUGGAUCGGGGAGAGAGAGAGAUGAGGGAGAAAUUGAGCAUAUGGGUACUGUUAGCUUGUAUUUGGGCUUUGAAUUCGAGUUCUGUUAAUGGCUCCACUGAUCAAUCUGAUGUUACCCCUCUCAAUACCUUGUUCAGUAGCUUAAAUUCACCGGGGCAGCUAAGUGGUUGGAAACAAAAUGGUGGUGAUCCCUGCGGGGAGUCAUGGAAAGGCAUUACAUGCUCAGGGUCAUCAGUUACCGAGAUAGACAUGAGCACCAAUAGCCUUGGAAACGGAGGCCAAAUUCCAUAUAAUCUUCCUCCAAACCUCAAACGGCUAAAUCUUGCUUCUAAUCAAUUUGCUCAAGGCAUUCCUUACUCAAUCACUCUGAUGCAUGCUCUUGAAUAUUUGUGAGUAUCAUUAUGAAGG